AUGGCGGAAUGGAGGGUCACGACGGAUGCAUCCGAGACGGACACCGGAGCCUUUCUCAAGGCUUUGAGAGAACAGGAAGGUAGAUCGGGGGAUGUCGAGGACGCCGGACCGUCUUUGGUAACUUCAAAAGGCGCGGUGAAGGUAAUCUUGCUCGGCGACUCGGCGGUCGGGAAGUCCAAGCUGGUAGAGAGGUUUCUGAUGGACGGGUACCAGCCUCAGCAGCUGUCGACGUUCGCUCUCACGCUCUUCAGAUACGAGUUCAAGCACCCGGACGGCAGGUUGGUGGCUGUGGACUUUUGGGACACAGCCGGGCAGGAACGCUUCAACAAUCUGCACCCUUCUUACUUCUACAAGGCACACGCGUGCGUGCUAGCGUUCGACGUGACCAGGAAGGUGACGUACAAGAACCUGGAUAGGUGGUACCAUGAGCUGAGGGAGUACUGCCCGGGGAUUCCGACGAUUUGCGUGGCGAACAAGAUUGACAUCGACUACAGGGUGACGGAGAGGAGCUUCGCGUUCCCUACGAAGCACAAGCUCCCAUUCUUCUUUGUCUCGGCGUCGGACGGUACGAACGUCGUGAAGGUGUUCCAGCAGGCGAUCAUGAUGGGUUUAGAUCACAAGGAGAAUCCGAGCGACGAUUUUAUGACCAUGGCGCUCGAAUUACUUGGGGAAUGAUGA